AUGUCAUACUCACCUCUGCCGGUUCUUCAGCUCUGUGUGACCAUCAGUUUCUGUGUUUUGACUGGAAAAGCUUUGUGCAAGAAGGAUGAAGAUGCAAAGGUUGAAGUUCAUCUGUUCUUCUGCAGAAUGUCUCUGACAAUGUCUCAUGAUGAGGAUUUGACCGUCAUCUCAAACCCAAAGAGCAAAUGGCCAGUACUGUGUCAGAUUCUGGGUUUUCUGUGCUCCAGUCCGAUGUGUUCUGUAUCCCAGUAUAUGAACGGGAAGCUGACGCACAUCCACACAGCUCUUGGAAUUGUGCAAAUUAUAAUUAGUGUCAUCAAUAUUGCAGCGGAGAAUUUGUUCUCAUGGGUUAGGUCCUAUAGUAUAUAUACAUUUUCUCAUGGACCAUUUUGGCUUGGUGGUGUGUUCCUAGUAGUUGGAAUAGUGUGCAUUCUUCAGGCUAUGUUUCCCAGUACUUGUCUGCUGGCCAUCACAAUGAUUCUGAAUGUAGUCAGUACUGCACUGGCUCUCACAGCUGUUGUGCUGUAUUCAAUGGACCUGGCCGUGGAAAAUAGUACUGCAACUAUAUUCUGCAACUCCUAUGUUUAUUUUUCGCAGGUUGAUUACAAGGAUUUGCCUUUCACAACACAGAAACAAAGGACCAAAAUCUGUUUAGACAGUAUGAUGCUGGGAGGACUAGAUAUCAUAAUUAUAUUGCUGUCGGUCCUUCAGCUCUGUGUGACCAUCAGUUUCUGUGUUUCGACUGGAAACGCUUUGUGCAAAAAAGAUGAAGAUGCAAAGGUACUGAAUCAGCAGCACUAUUACAACAAUCAAUCAGUCAGAUCCACUGAUCGUGAGAGUUUCAGAGAGCUGCUCUGUGCAUUUGUUUGUGGUUUUGUAGUCAGUGGAGGAUCCAGAACUUCACAAGCCACUCUUGAAGAUGCAAAUGUUGGUCUAGGAUGCUAG